AUGGUACAAGAAACCAAAGCUCAAGCUGUAGCAAGCAAGGUCAAAGGAGGAAGAGAGGGCAAGGCAACACAACUGCAUGUUGCUGAUAACGAGGCCACCAAUGAGUCAGACACCGAGGCGAUCAAUGACAAUGCCGAUGAAGAAACUGACUCUGACUCGAACCAUGACGACAAUGAUGGCAAGCAAUACAACUUUCCAUAUGACAAGAAACAUCCCAAGUGGAACCACAUGUUCGAUGAUGCCUUAACGAAUGCACUACGCAGUACCAUCAAUACCACUGGAGAGUUUAACAUAAAUUACUUGAUUCUUGACAUCAUCAGGGAACAUCAUACAUUCCAUAAUGUAUGGAAGAAGAUUGAAAAUGGACUCACCAAUGAGGCCACCACCAUAUCUCAUCAUAUUGCAUUGAUCGCUCAGCUAGGAGAACUCAGGAUGUACAACUCAGAUGUACAAAAGCUCAUCCAAGAAAUAAGAACCAUCCAAACGGAGAGCAGCUUACUGGGAAAGCCAUUUGCUGAUGACACCCUGUUUUCAAAUCUACAAAAGUGCACCAUCCGACACCCAAUGUACAAAGAAACUGUUGCUACUGUAAGCCAGCUUAGUUUCAGUGCCCUCGCCACCACCCUAUCCAUCCGGCAAUCAGCAAUCAAGAACAACCCUGCUUCAAGGGUUGAUCCCUGCCAAGCUAGUGCCAGAGUCACCAGCAGUGACAACCAGAAUGAGACACCUGGAGAUGAUGAGAAGGAUGAAAAGGAUGCCAACAGCACCAGCACCAAGGUCACCGCCAGACCCUGA